CAGGUUCCGGGGAGGGAAGUCAGACAGCUGGGGAUACUCAGGGGGGCGUAAAUAUGAAAGAACAUCUUGUGUCAAGAGAAAGUGAUAAGUUGCCCAAUGUGAAAGAAAAUAUUGGCAAUCAAGAUAGGAUGAAUUAGCUGGAGGGAAAGCCAAGAAAUAAAGAGAGGAAUAUAUGUGUGGAUUCUGAUAUCCGUGCAAUGAUGGUACAACAGAAAACACCCAAAGAACCGAGAGAGAAGGAAUCCCCUGUGUCUAGAGAAACAGUCUGUCAGGAAUCAACUCUGGGUGACCAUGGCACAACCCACGCAGCAAAGAAACAACAUAAAUGCUGUGAGUGUGGAAAGACAUUCAAGGGCAAUGCGGCCCUUUGUGCCCAUCAAAGAACACACACAGGGGAGAAGCCAUUUGACUGUCUGGAUUGUGGAAAAGCAUUUAGUCAGAAGUGGGCACUUGCUAUGCAUCAAAGAAUACACACUGGGGAAAAACCAUUUGAAUGCCUCGAGUGUGGAAAAAGAUUCCGCCGAAAGGCUGCUCUUCAAGUGCAUGAAAGAAGGCACACCGGGGAGAAGCCAUUUAAAUGCCUAGAAUGUGGAAAGGCAUUCUACACCAAUAGUGACCUUCGAGAGCAUCAAAGAACUCACACUGAGGAGAAGCCAUUUAAAUGCCCGGAGUGCGGAAAGAGCUUCAGCUCAAAAAAUGGCCUUACUGCACAUCAACGAAUGCACACCGGGGAGAAACCCUUUGAAUGUCUGCAGUGUGGAAAGAGCUUCAGGUGGAAGGCGACACUUGCAACACAUCAGCGAAUUCACACAGACACAGGAGAGAAACCAUUUGAAUGUUCGCAGUGUGGAAAAAGAUUCUUUUCGAAGCACAGCGUUAAACGUCAUCAGAUAAUUCACAGAGCAGACAACCCGUUUAAAUGUCUGGAAUGCGGCAAGAGUUUCAGCAGCAAGCAUGACCUUGCUAAACAUAGAAAAAUUCACACAGGAGAGAAACCGUUUAUCUGUCUGACAUGUGGAAAAGCAUUUAGGGAGAAGGGAACACUUUCUGUCCAUCAAAGAACACACACCGGGAAGAAGCCAUUUAAAUGCCUGGAGUGUGGAAAGGGAUUCAACAGCCAUAGUGUCCUUCAAGAGCAUCAAAGAAGGCACAUCGAGGAAUCGCCAUAUAAAUGCCAAGAGUGCGGAAAGAGUUUAAGCUCGAAGAACAGCCUUACUUUACAUCAAAGACUGCACACAGGGGAGAAACCGUUUGAAUGUUCGCAGUGUGGAAAGAGCUUCAGAUGGAAGGAGAGCCUUGUAAUACAUCAGCGAAUUCACAGAGACGAGAAACCAUUUGAAUGUUCACAGUGUAGAAAGAGAUUCUUUUCCAAGCGCAGCCUUACACGUCAUCAGUUAAUUCACAGAGAACACAAGGCAUUUAAAUGUCUGGAGUGUGGAAAGCAUUUCAGAAAUAAGCAUUACCUUGCUGAACAUGAAAGAAUUCACACAGGCGAAAAACCAUUCACCUGUCUUGUCUGUGGAAAAGCAUUUAGUUGGAAGAGGGCACUUACUUUCCAUCAAAGAAUCCACUCUGGCAAAAAACCAUGUAAAUGUUUGCAGUGUGGAAAGAGCUUCAGGUGGAAGGAGACCCUUGUAAUACAUCAGCGAAUUCACACUGGCAUAGUAGAAAAACCAUUUGAAUGUUCGCAGUGUGAAAAGAGAUUCUUUUCUAGGCCCAACCUUAAACGUCAUCAGCUUAUUCACAGUGGAGACAAUCCGUUUAAAUGUCUGGAGUGCAGAAAGGGUUUCACAGAUAAGCAUGACCUUGCUAAACAUCAAAGAAUUCACACAGGAGAGAAGCCAUUUAUCUGUCUGGUGUGUGGAAAAGCAUUUCGUCAGAAGGGGGCACUUACUGUCCAUCAAAGAACACACUCUGGGGAGAAACCCUUUGAAUGCUUGGAGUGUGGAAAGAGAUUCUCCCAGAAGGGUGCCCUUCAAGGGCAUGAAAGAAGACACACCGGGGAGAAGCCAUUCAAAUGUUUGGAGUGUGGGAAGAGCUUCCGCUGCAAUAGUAUCCUUCAAGAGCAUCAAAGAAGGCACAUCGGAGAGUCACCCAAUAAAUGCCAAGAGUGCGGAAAUUGCUUCAGCUCAAAGUACAGGCUUAAUUUACAUCAAAGAGAACACACAGGGGAGAAGCCAUUUAAAUGCCUAGAAUGUGGAAAGGCAUUCUACACCAGUAGUGACCUUCAAGAGCAUCAAAGAAGGCACACUGGGGAGAAACCAUUUAUAUGUUCGCAUUGUGGAAAGAGCUUCAGCAGAAAGGGGACCCUUGCAAUACAUCAGCGAAUUCACACUGGCAUAGUAGAGAAAUCAUUUGAAUGUUCGCAGUGUGGAAAGAGAUUCUUUUCUAGGCCCAACCUUACACGUCAUCAGCUUAUUCACCGUGGGGACAAUCCGUUUAAAUGUCUGGAGUGCGGAAAGGGUUUCACAAAUAAGUAUGACCUUGCUAAACAUCAAAGAAUUCACACAGGGGAGAAGCCAUUUAUCUGUCCGGAGUGUGGAAAAGCAUUUCGUCAGAAGGAGGCACUUACUGGGCAUCAAAGAAUCCACUCUGGGGAGAAACCCUUUGAAUGCUCUGAGUGUAGAAUGAGAUUCCGCCACAAGGGUGCCCUUCAAGUGCACGAAAGACGACACACUGGGGAGAAACCAUUUAAAUGCGUAGAAUGUGGAAAGGCAUUCUAUUCCAGUACUGACCUUCAAGAGCAUCAAAGAAGGCACACUGGAGAGUCACCCUAUAAAUGCCAAGAGUGUGGAAAGAGCUUCAGUUCAAAAUACAGCCUUACUUUACAUCAAAGACUGCACACAGGGGAGAAACCAUUUGAAUGUUCGGAGUGUGGAAAGAGCUUCAGCAGAAAGGAGAGCCUCGUAAUACAUCAGCGAAUUCACACAGGAGAGAAACCUUUUCAAUGUUUGCAGUGUGGAAAGAGAUUUAGUGAGAGGAGAAACUUUAAAAAUCAUCAGACAACUUGCAAAGGGGAGAUCCCUUUUAAUUGCUUGGGGCUUGCAAAGAGAUUACGCCAGAGAGGUCCUCUACAACACGAUCAAAGUGCUCCCAGUGAGACUUCUUUGAAGGAGGAGGAAGAGUCUGAUACUCCUGAUCACCCCUCUGUUACCGUAAUUCUGGGGCAAGAUGAGGGAUCCGGUGACAGUGAUGCCUCGUCUGAGGUUCCCAACAAAUCGUUGAAUCCUGUCACAAGCCCAGCCAUAAUUCCAGAUUCUUCUCCCACCAGCCACAACUCAACGGAGCACAGUUUGCACUGCAUCCGGUGGGAUACUCAGAGCCAUGGUGGGAGGGACUACCUGAUUCCCAGAGUACCCUUUCUCCCAGGAAAUACGCUUGUUUAAGGCCCUGCUCAGGAAUACAGCUCUACUUAUGAGGCAGACUCUGAUGUAGAACCGCCCAGAGAGCUCCAGCUAUUGGGCAGUAUAGAACUGUAAUAAAUAAAUAAGUAAUAAAUAAAUAAAUAAAGCUGUGGA